GUGUGAGAAAGCACGAUGGGACAUUAAUGCCUCAGAAGCGAGAAUUUUGCUUUUAUUUUUUUCUUGUUUCCCUGGUCUUCUAGUAAUGUGACAGUGUUGGAGAUGGUGGUGACUGUGGUGCUUGCUGUACUGGUGUGUAUCGUGGCCGGGUUGCUAUUGGCAACAGGAUUCUACCGUGACUUCUGGAUCUUCUGGUUCUGUUUUGUGGUGGCCACCGCCCACUUCUCCCUUGUUAAGAGUGUUCACGGAGAUCCUGCCUCCCCUAUUCCGGGCCAGAACAGGAUAACAGCCGCCAGUCGAGCGUUCUACUUUGUGUUGGUGGGAGUGGUCGGGUUCUGCAUCAACGUGGCUCUGGAGCAGAUUGACAGUUUCCCUCCGCUCUGUGCAUACGGCUUCAACCUCAACAACCCCAGCGUCUUCUCCUUCGUACGGGACGGACUCUUCAUAUUAAUCCUGUUCUUCCCACUCCUGUUUGCCUGGGGGCUCCUCCCACAAGCUGACACCUUCAUCAUCUACCUCGCUGAACAGAUCGACAUGCACAUCUUUGGUGGCACAGCUGCCACAGGGCUCGUGUGCGCAUUCUAUGCUCUUGGCCGCAGUAUCCUAGCAACCGCUGUCCUCUGGUGCCUGGGGUUUGCGGCAUUCUACAAUCUCGGGGAGAAGCGGAACUCGAAUGGCGACACAGUCCGCUACACCUGUGCCGACCUGGACACUGACCCCAACGACCCCCGAGGCCAGUGCGAGAUCACAGACCGCGUUGCCCUGUCUUUCUUCUGCGGGGCCCUCGUCGCCGUCUCCUACUGCCUCAGCCGCAGCACCUCAAACCACGAGGAUAUGCUGACGAGGCUGCUGAACAAGAAGAUGAGAGAGAAACAACAGUCUUCACCGGACAACGUCAGCGAUCCUCUCGGAGAAAUCUACUUCCAGACUCUGUGGAGGAGACUUCUCACCGAUCUCCUGGUGGCAAUGUUCACAUUUGUUGCCGUGACUGCUCUCAACGUUACGUCUGUCUUCUGCCGCUCAGAGAUCCCAGCCUACAUCAUCUACAGUCUAACCUGUGUGACGGGAGUUGUAAACCAUUACAUCAUCCCCCACGUGAGGAAGGAGAUGCCAUGGCUCUGCUGUGCAGAACCCAUCGUCAAGGCCUCAGAGUGGGACUGCUACGAAGUCCAAGAGCACCCAAGAGUGACGGUGAUUGAGAGGUUUCUUCAACUGAGCCUCUAUGUGGAGAAGAACAUUCUCUAUCCCCUGUCCUUCCUCUUUGCCCUCAACCUCAGUGCUCUACACUACCAGACCCGCUUUGGAGAGUUUGGGGCAGCUCUGGUCCUGACUGUGGCCGGGAUGAAGCUCUUCCGCAGUUCCUUCACUGAACUCUCCCGGCAGUACCUCGUCUUCAUCUUCACCCUCUUCUUCUUCAACUUUGACUACCGCCACCUCUCCGAGGGGCUGCCCCUCGAUUACCUCAUCAUCGGGAUCCUGUUCAGCAAGUUCUACGACCUGCUCCUCAAGAUGUAUUUCAUUUUCAUCUACAUUGCUCCGUGGCAGAUAUCCUGGAGCUCUCCCGGCCACAUCAUUGCUCAGCCUCUCCUAGUUCCCCAUGCACCCAACAUAUUCUUCCAGACCCUGAUAGCGUCCAUCGUGGGUUGUCCCAUUAACCCUGUGGUGGCCAGCACCUUCUUCACCCUCUCAUACGCUCGGCCAGUGAAAUACUGGGAGAAGGACUACAACACGAGGAGGUCGGACUCGAGCAACACGAGACUCGACUCCCAGCUGGAGGGGAGUCUCCGGAACCCCAACCCGGACCAGCUGGACAGUCUCUUCUACGAACACCUGACUUGGGUCCUGCAGAAGAGCCUGUGUGGGGACCUGUUGCUGGGGCGCUGGGGGAGGGUGACGUCGGGCGACUUCUUCAUCCUCACGUCGGACAGACUCAACGCUCUCGUCCACAUCAUUGAGAUCGGCAACGGAUUUGUCACCUUUCAGCUGAGGGGACUAGAGUUCAGAGGCACCUACUGCCAUCAGAGAGAGGUGGAAGCCAUCACGGAGUCCAUCACGGACGACGUCGGCUGCUGUUGCUGCGAGCCGGGACACCUCCCCUUCUUCCUCUCCUGCAACAAGGCCAUGUCGUCCCGCUGGCUGGCCUGGGAGGUGGUCUCCUCCUGCUACACGCUCCACGGCUACAGCAUCGCCGAGAACCAGGCACACCUCGUCUUCAAUACCUUUGACUAUAAGAGGGGCUACAUCACCUAUUACUGCAAGUCUAUCAUCUUCUUGUUGGUCCGCUCCCCGCGGCUCGCCUCCCUCCUCGCCAACCAGGGGAUACGAGACGCCCUGUCUCGUCUCCACAACACCUCCUACGUCGACCAGGACGCCCUGUUCGACGAGACGCGGAACUGCGACUACAGCCACUCCCUGGGCGGAGUCUCCCGCGAACGAUUCAUCGUCUACUACCUCACCUUCAUCAGGGAGUGUGUCACUCAGCAGGGCCUCCACAUGGACUUGGACCAGGCCGACUCAUUUCUGGUGACCCUCUGCUUUGCAUUCACCCUCCUCGGUCGCCGCAUGUUCUUCCAGCACGCUCAGAGUGGCUCCAGCCGCAGAGGAGAUAAUUUCAUGAACGGGUUGUACCGCAUGUUCCUCGGCGACGCUCGUCCUAAUCACCCGGGAGACGAGUGGGUGUUCCAGGACGUGGACAGCAUUCAGGACAUCAUUAUUCCAGCUGCCAGGAUUGCACUCAAAGUCCACCAGGACAACUUUGCCUUCUCGGAGGAGUACGAGACGGCACACGGAGUCUACGAGGCCAUUCAGGACGUGAUGAACAACCACGUAGUCACUCAUGAGAACGAUCGAACUUGGAGGAACGCUGUCGUCACCAACAAACCAUCCCUUCUUGCUCUCCGGUACCAGCGAACGGAAGAGUCGUACAUCUAUCCUUACAAACUGAUUCGCCUCACUUCCAAAUUCAUCAAGUUCCGUGUCAUCAAGGUGAACCGAGAGUGUGUGAGGGCCCUCUGGACAAGCCAGCGUCAGGAGCUAAUCUUCCUCCGCAACAGUGACAGUGAGCGUGGCUCCAUCCAGAACCACAAGCCGACACUGAGGAACAUGAUCAAUUCCUCCAUGGACCUCCCCAUUGGUUACCCAAUAUACGUCUCCCCUCUACACACCUCCUACCUCGACCGACACGAGACUUACAACAAGACCCUGUUUGGUCGGGCGACCGACCCACUGUGGCUCGCCCAGGGUGCCAGAGUGGUCCGCAAGCUGUGCGACACUUGCGCGAAACACUACCAGGGAUCACUAGCUGGCAAGCCGACGCAGGGGACUGCUAACCCCACAGAUGGAGGGGAGGAGGGAGGGAGGGAAGGGAGGAUGGGUGCGGAGGAUCGAUCGGUGAGUGUUGACAGCCUCACGGGACUGCAGUACGGGAGAGGCGGGGCAGAGGGAGGGGCCAGGGGCGGGGCCGAACCGUACCAGGACCCGUUCCCGGAUUCCGACUCUGACUCAGACGAGCAGCUGUGGCGGCCGAUGUGGGUGUCGAAACAAGUGGUGAUUACAGACGAGGGGGAGAUAUUUGAGAACAUUAACCCCGACUGGCUCACCUGGCCUGAUCCGAAGCUUGCAGCCAAGGCAGAGAAGAGUCACUGGAGAUCAUGGCGACCACAGAAGGGAAUGGAAGGAGAAGUGGUGCACGAGUGGCGCCCCUUUCAUAAAGAGACGGCGAAGCGAAGCCACAUCGACAAGGUGCUGGUCCUCGUAAGAAUGGCCGAUGAUUAUUAUGUGUUGACUCGUGAGCAAGGCAUCAAGGAGGUCUAGUUUUGUUUUCUCGUCAUCUUGUAUAUGAACCUAAUUGCGCACAGUGUUACAUAACCUAUCACUGCGUGUAUGCAUGCAUUUUAUUUUAUUUGUAGUGUGAUUAGUUGGUAAUGUCCUAUUUCAUAAUCCAUUCUCGUGCAACAGGUUGCCUUUCUUGUGUGUUGUGCAGUAAUGAUGUUAUUAUA